AACUGUCCGUAUACUCGAUAGGUUCCAUCGCUACUUCCCGACUCGGAUUGCAGGAACAAUGGCAACUGGCCAUGCUACUGGACGUUCUCUACCGUUUCCGGCGCUCAUUUUUGUAUUAUCGCUCUUCACUUCACGCUAUCUCGUUUCCGGCGACGAACUUUCCUUAGCUGUAUCUCAGCUUACCAGUUUGGAGCUUUCUCCUGCUUUACCAGUGGAAAAUUCUCCAGGUUCUAGGCCUGGAGCUAAAGUACUCUGUGAAAGAGUUCAAAUUCGUGGCUUGCCCAGGCUUAAAAAUCUUAACAAAUAUGCCAAUUCAGUGAUAGUCAACAUUUCACAUGUAACUACAGGUGGCCGUCUGCCUAAUGUUGAGGUCUGUUUCCAUAGGAACCAAUCCCGUGGUAUAGGGAUGUGCCCCCAAAGCCAAUGGACAAGAAUAACAAAGGGGUCAUUGAUUAGAUCAAUGUCACCUUUUGAUCACAAGUUUUUGGAUUUCCGGAUUUUGGGCUCUUCUAAACAAACCCUUCAGGUGUCCCUACAUGAAGAAUUUUACUUGUACCGGAUUGUUUUUUUGGUACUUGGGAUACUGUUGAUGGCGGUGGCAUCCUCUCUUAGCAAGUCUCUAGUAUUCUACUACAGUGGUGCUAUGGUUGUUGGGAUUUUCCUUGUGAUAUUAAUGGUCCUAUUCCAGGGGAUGAAACUUCUUCCAACUGGUAGAAAGAACUCACUAGCAAUAUUCAUUUACUCAUCCCUUGUUGGUUUGGGGUCUUUCUUACUUCGCUAUGUGCCAACAGUGUUGCGCAUGAUACUUACAGAGAUUGGUAUUGGUGAAGACAUGUACAACCCUCUGGCAAUUUUUUUGCUCCUUUUCCUUGUAAUUGCUGGAGCUUGGUUGGGAUUUUGGGUGGUUCGCAAACUUGUACUCACAGAUGAUGGAUCAAUUGAUAUAGGCGUAUCUCAUUUUAUUGCUUGGGCAAUACGAAUUGUUGCCUCAACUAUGAUUCUUCAGAGUACCGUAGACAUUUUAUUGGCUGCAGAGGCAUUGGUAUGUGGAAUUUUGGUCUCAUCAAUAUUGAGAAGACUCUUUCAUCUCAAAUUUAUACGCUUGAUAUACAAGAAAUCAUCAAGAAUGAUUGGGAACAUCUGUGAAAUAUUAUUGGAUCUGUUUACACCAACAUACAAGGAGUCAUAUCCUAGACCUCCAAGCAAUGGUACUUACCAAGGUUCAACCAGCGGGUCACCAAAACCUUUGUCAGAUUCAGAUACAUUCUACUCUUCAUACCACAAAACUCCAGAACGAAGAAAAAUCUCAAAGGAGGAUUUGGAAAAACUCACACAACAGACCACAAAGAGGGCCAUGGAAGAGCUGGUUGCUUCCCCAGAUUUCAGCAGAUGGGCUGUUGCCCAUGCAGACAGGAUUACUUUGGCACCCAAAAAAGCUACUACACCUGAUAGGCAGCGAAGGUGGUACCAUUGGUCUUAAGCAAUUAAUGUCGAAUUCGUAUUGCCAUCAGAUUUGUUGUAAACAAUGUUGGAGCCUUCUGCAUUUCUAUGCCAACAAUGUUGUAUAAUGUACAACUGUCUUUGACUGAAAUCUAACUAGGAUAGUAUCAUUAACGUAGUAGAUUGUAACUGUGGCGACGAUUAUAUCAACUAUUAGCUUCAUAAAUUAUAAAUAUGCGUGAUAUGCCAUGGAAACAUGGAAACUUUUUGCCCAAA